AUGCCCAAGCCUCAAUCGAAAUGUUUAUCACCACCUGGCCUUCCAAAGGGCCGUGAAGAAUUAGUCGCCUCCCUUCGAGCGCUGCUUGCUAACGACGACGUUGACCUGGAGAUUCUCAGGUCGGGCGCUCCUUGGCCCAGCGCUACAGAGAUUGCUCAACUAUCACAAGUUUCCGGCAGCAGUGAGGAUUCGCCAGCGGCCAUUUCUUGCUCCCCAAAUGAAACAGUUGUGGUCGAUCCAGCAUUGGGUGGCGAUUCCUGUUAUGCCAGCAUUGAUCUGGAACCCAACUGGCUGGGCAAUCUCAUGGCUUAUAGCUGUGACGAGCUUGUCGAGCAACCAGACUCGUUACUCGUUUGCUCAGCCUCCGAAAGUAUUAGCACCAGUAACAGCAGUAAUAACGGCAACAGCACUGACUACUUGUCACAUUUCUCGUCAAGCUCCAUCAGCCAGUGGGAUGCCCUGCUUGACUCUGUCUGCCCUCAAACACCCCACAAUAGGGCCAUUGUCCAAAGCCCGCAACGCCAGAACCAAGGCUCUGAAGUACCCCAACCCAGCAAAGCUAGUCUCCAUAGACUCGGAGAAGGGGGACCCGCGACGACAACAUCCCUGGCUGUGGGGCAAGCUGGGGCCAUCGACAGGGACAGAAGCGCUAGCAACAUUGCUUCAUGCCACGCAUCACCUCGAAAACGGCAGCGCCCUCAUUACGCAAUCGAGAAGCGAUAUAGGGCAGGCCUCCAGGAGCGUUUCGAGGCGCUUCGGGACUGCGUCACUUCGCUAAAACAGACGCAGCACGGACAGCGACUUCCGGGGAACAAUGAGGAUCUGACCGAGGGAGACGACGGAGCUAGCGACAACGACAGGGAUAGGGUAGUACGGAUGAAUAAGGCUGAAGUGCUGAACCAAGCAACCGUAUAUAUCCAACAGUUGCAGGAAGAGAACGAGGUUGCGAUAGAGCAUAUCAAGUUGUUGAUUGGUCAGUUUCGUGUUAUGAAGCGCGCAAUGCGGCAAGCAUUGGGGGCGGGUUUAGGUUCAUAG